AUGUCUGCAGACGAAUUUAAGAAACAAGGUAACGCUGCGUUUGUAGCCAAAGACUUCUCUAAAGCUGCAGAUUUCUUCUCGCAAGCCAUUGAGGCUUCUGAGACCGCCAAUCAUGUUCUAUUUUCAAACAGGUCGGCGUGUUACACGUCUUUGAAGAAAUUCAGAGAAGCUCUGGAGGAUGCGGAAAAGUGUGUUGCGAUCAACCCUACGUGGUCUAAAGGGUAUGGUAGAGUAGGUGCUGCCCACUUCGGUCUAGGAAACCUGGACGAUGCGGAAAAGGGCUACAAGAAGGCCCUGGAAAUUGACCCCUCAAACAAACCGGCCCAGGAUGGUCUUGACCAAGUCCACAGAACGCAGCAGGCCAGACAGCAGCAACCAGAUCUGGGAUUUGGCCAGCUCUUCAACGACCCCAAUAUGAUCGAAAAGCUCAAACAGAACCCAAAAACUGCGGAGUUGAUGAAGGAUCCUCAGCUGGUGGCCAAGGUCCUGCAAUUCAAGUCGAACCCUCAAGCGAUGGGCACCGAGUUUUUGCAAGAUCCUCGCAUGAUGACUAUCAUGGCUGCUCUUCUAGGUAUUGACCUGAGUAUGGGUGGCGAGGGCCAGCCACAGGAGCCCGCGAGCUCUGCCAAGGAGCCAGAAGUUGCCAAGUCGCAAUCCGCUCCCAAGGAAACCCCCAAAGCUGCACCUGCUGCCACUGAGCCUUCAAAGUCAGCGGCCGAAGAAGAACCCAUGGAAGUGGACGAGCCAGAGCAAGAUUCCAAAGCUGCCGCUGAAGCUUCAAAGGCCGAGGGUAACAAAUAUUACAAAUCACGCCAAUUCGACCAAGCUAUUGAAAAAUACAAUGGCGCUUGGGAAUUGCACAAAGAUAUCACAUAUCUAAACAAUCGUAGUGCCGCCGAAUUUGAGAAAGGUGACUAUGACCAAGUUAUCGAAACUUUAACAGAAGCUGUUGAACAGGGGAGAGAAAUGAGAGCAGAUUAUAAGAUCAUUGCCAAGUCUUUUGCCCGUAUUGGUAACGCCUACGUGAAAAAGGAUGACUUGAAGAAAGCUAUUGAGUUUUACCAGAGAUCCUUAACCGAGCACCGUACCCCAGAAAUCCUAACGAAAAUGAGGAACACGGAAAAGGACUUGAAGACCCGCGAAGUGGAAGCAUACAUCGACCCAGAAAAGGCAGAGGAAGCGAGAUUGGAAGGGAAAGAGUACUUCACGAAAGGUGACUGGCCAAAUGCAGUUAAGGCCUACACGGAGAUGAUCAAAAGAGCCCCAGAAGAUGCGCGUGGCUACUCGAACAGAGCCGCUGUUCUUGCUAAGCUAAUGUCCUUCCCGGAUGCUAUCAAGGAUUGCGAUAUGGCUAUCUCUAAAGAUCCAAACUUUGUUAGGGCUUAUAUCAGAAAAGCUACUGCCCAAAUCGCUGUGAAAGAUUUUGCUAAGGCCAUCGAAACUCUAGAUGCUGCCCGCUCGAAGGACGCCGAAGUCAAUAAUGGGGCUAACGUUAGGGAAAUUGACCAACUCUAUGUGAAGGCUUCUCAGCAGAGAUUCCAGCCUGCGGAUUCAAAUGAAACACCUGAGCAGGCCUAUUCUAGAGCCAUGCAAGAUCCAGAGGUUGCCUCUAUUAUGCAAGACCCAGUCAUGCAGAGCAUUUUAUCCCAAGCUCAGCAGAAUCCUGCUGCUCUGCAAGAGCAUAUGAAGAAUCCAGAUGUAUUCAGCAAGAUUCAGACUUUGAUUGCUGCGGGCAUCAUUCGCACUAGAUAG